UCAAGAAAAUUUGAACUUAAUCUUCAUUCAGAUCCUUUAUUCAGCCUAAAGUAAUAAGUGUGUUCCUAGUUACAUCACAUCCUAAUAAGAGGAAGAGCUACAGUUAAAAUGUUGGAACGCAGCCUACAUGUCUGCGGACGUAGCGGACGAAAGUAAUGUAAAUAUGGGUUUGAACGUUAUUGAUCAAAUAAUUUACUGUGAGGGGUCAGUCUCUUUCUACACAAAAAUAUUACAUUGGGUUGUAAAUACUGAACGGACAUUUAUCCCUGUUAGGGAGGGUUUUUUCCUCAACAGUAUAACCUAAACACGCAUUUUAACUGCGCAUUAACUGAUUCCAAAGUCUUCCUGUUAAAAAAAGAGAAAAAAUCAUAACCUACAACGUUUUGGUUUUAAACUUUGAGUCAAAGAGAUUGUAUCAUCUUAUUUAAAAGUAAUCUCGACGAUCCUCGCUUUAAACUAAACAUCUGCAAGUUGCAACUGACUACAUAACUAUGCCUAACUAUUUAUGUUAUUAUAAUGUGUUGCAAUGAAAUCUUAAUGUGGAGGUAAUUUUUUUUUUAAUCUUUGGUCUAAAUGUGUGAGAAAAUUCACUGUGUGGUUUGCAUAGGAAGUUGAGGUAAAAAAAAAAAUGUCACACCUCAUGAUCAAUGUAGUUCACACAUUUAUCCAUAAGAGGGGGCAAGAGGAUAAUCAUUUUACAACUUGUUUCUGUUUGGUUGCAGACGAUUCUGCCACAGUUAUUGCAUGUAGGUACUUUAUGUAAGAUUACGGUUCAUAAAAGGUAAUAUUUGGUUGGUUCACUUGGAAUUAUCAAAUUCACGUAGGAGACAAAAUUAGUUUUAGAAAAAAAGAUGAUGACGUGUAUUUCACUGAAGGGAAGAUAUAUGUUCAAGAAACCAUUUCCCGAAACGAGGCAAUCAUAAAAACACAAUUAAAAAUCCCAACUUAGUUUACAGCAUCUAUUUUCAAAUAGUCAUUUAAAAGCACCAGACAAUACAACAUUUUAAACACUAGAAAUAUAAAGCACCAAUCACCGCGCCACAAAAUCUCACAAAUACUUCUCUCAAUAACAAACCUAAAAAAAAAGACAAAUGGUGCAUUGAAAGCACAUUUUAAAAAAACAGACGACACAUAGUUUAAUUUUACAGUUUAAAAACUACAGCAAAACAAAGAAAAACUAUUUGCAAGAAAGAAGGAAAAUAACCCUUAUAAUGAAUGGUAAGUGGCAUGCGCUUGUAUAGCGCUUUAUCAAUUAGUCCAGGGGACCGCAAAACGCUUCAUACUAUUUACAAGCUAAAAAUACUAUUAACCUGUUGAUCUCGUGUCUUUUACUUUUUUCCAGUAAAAUACUUAAACAAUUCUAAAAAAAUCAGUUUCGUUUAGUCCCUUAAAGAAAUGUACACCCUUUACUAUUCACAGAACCUGAAAGGAAUGGAUUCUUAUCCCUCUGUGCAGUCAGGAGGUCAUCCGAUUAGUCGCGGAUUAAUUGCAUUGCGCGACAAUGACUCCAGGCGUUCAGCUGGAGGAGAGAAAAAAAUGUCAGCCCUGUAGCAGAUCAAAGAGAUCUAUAGAUCAAUAAUCUCAACUUGAUCACACAGACUGCUGCGAGGUGAUCCAGUCUGUAUUUAUGCAGAAUCUCAACUUCCGGAACCCGAACUGAUCAGAAUGCAUAAAUAUAUUCUUUAAAGCACAUCAUCACUUCACUGAUGAUCAGAAGUGUAAGCUACAGUAUAUUUAGGAUGCUGUGCAUGUCUUUUACAAUUUGAUUUAACAGUUUCUCGUUACUGAUCAUUAGAAAAUAAAUCCUCUAUACGCACAAAUAUGAUGCAUCAGGCACCUGAUGACGAUUAAGAGCUCUGCCCUGCUUCAGGGCAGAUCCCCGAGGGGUGGGGGAUAUUUGGGUGAGACGGUCCUGCAACAGGUCUCCAGUCUGCGAGGAGACUUAAAGCGACACGAGAGCGACUGCGAGCCAUGCGUCUCUUUUUCCCCCCCCCAGCCACAAUAAACAGUGAUGUGUGACAAUCGUCCACGUGAGCUGAAGUGGCUCACAGAGGGACGACUUCACUCUGCCGCAAGUGCGCGUGAGGAUGGAAGGCGGUGGAUGCUUCCACGAGGACGCACGGCUGUGAAACAGUAUGAAGACCAAACCCGCAGCAUCUGAGGGUCCCGUGGCGCCACGGUGACAGAUAUGGAUCACUUCUUUCGGAGAAAGCGGGCAGGUUUGGUGAAGUCCUUGUUGAGUCUCUCCUUGGUUUUCGCGUCUGCUCUGAUGAUUCUCAAGCUGAAACUGUCGGAAAAAGACGCAGAGGGCUUGAAAGGCGCACAGAAAGCGGACUGGUGCGGUUCGGACUGUUUUCCUUCAAUACAGGCACCGGUACAGUCCAAAUUCUGGAGACUAAAUGCCGCGGCGCAAAGCAAGAGAGUGGACUCGCAGCGGGUGUCCAACGGGACCCCGACCAGCUGGGAAGUACAAGUUCUGAACUGCAGCGAGGACGAAUUGGUGAAGAGUCAGGGUUGGUUCCGGCGUCUGGACCCGAGGUUUCACCAGUUUGUUCUGCACAGACACUGUAGGUACUUCCCCAUGCUCAUCAACCACCCGGAGAAAUGCGCGGACGGACAGGUGCACCUCAUCAUGGUGAUCAAGUCCGUUAUCGAGCAGCACGACCGGCGGGAAGCUGUGCGUAAAACCUGGGGCAAGGAGCGCACAAUUAACGGAAAGAAGAUCAAAACUUUAUUUCUACUCGGAACCCCGACAACGGGUAAAGACACAAAGAACCUCCAGAAACUGAUCGAGUACGAGGAUCGGAUCUACAAAGACAUCCUGCAGUGGGACUUUAUGGACACCUUCUUCAACCUGACCUUAAAGGAGGUGAAUUUCCUCAAAUGGUUCAACAUCUACUGUCCCAGGGUGCAGUUCAUAUUCAAAGGAGACGACGACGUCUUUGUGAACACGCACAACCUGCUGGAGUUCAUCGGCUUCAAAGUGGAGGAGCGCAAAGACUCCGACUUGUUUGUGGGGGACACAAUCUCCAAGGCGAUCCCCAUCCGGAACCGCCAGAGCAAAUACUACAUACCCAAAGAGCUCUACGACCAGCCGUACCCGCCCUACGUAGGGGGUGGCGGAUUCGUGAUGUCCUCCCAGCUGGCCAGGAGGCUCUUCACGGCGUCGGAGGACGUGGAGCUGUAUCCCAUCGACGACGUGUUUUUAGGGAUGUGUCUGAAGAGGCUGAACGUGUCUCCGGAGUUGCACUCAGGCUUCAGGACCUUCGGCAUCACCAGACAAAAGGUGAGCUCCAUGAACAGGGAGCCGUGCUUUUACAAGAGCCUCAUCGUGGUGCACAAACUGAGCGCGCAGGAGCUGCUCAGGAUGUGGAGCGCAGUGCACAACAAGGAUCUGGUUUGCGCGCAACGGAGCUUUAUAUGAAGGACCCCCCCAGCAUGAAAUAAACUUGAUCAAUACAUUCAU